GAAUGUAGUUAAAGAUACUGAGUUAUAUUUCCAAAGCUUCUGCAGAACUUUUGAGCUGCAAAAAAAAAAAAAAAAAAAAAAAAAAAAAAGACCAAGAAGUUGGUCCUUUGUUUAGCAGAGUGUCAUAGAUAGUCUUCAGAUAGGCUGAGAGGGGCCUGGAGCUUAGUUCCACAGGGAAUGGGUUGCCUGUUGCUUUGCAUCAGAGAUUAGCAAGAAUUUUGGAGAAUAUCUAGGGACCAAUAAUGAUGGAAGCAGAGAGGGCCUAAGGAGGUGCACGGCCAGCAAGUGCCCUCAUGUGAUCAAUGAAUUUUAGAAUAUUGGUACCUAAUGUUCAACUGAAUUAUAACUAUAAAUCAUAAUUAUAAAAGUAAUAUGGGCUUGCCAUAAAAUAUCCAAGCAGUUAAAAAGUAUUUAGAGUAAAAAUGGCUUCCCAUCAACCAUGUAAAUAGCCAAAGAAACUAUACUGUAUAUAUUAUUCACUAGUUUUCUUUUUUCACUUAACAAUACAUCCUUCUAAUGUCUAAGUAGUAUUCCCUGUUAUGAAUAUAACUAUUAUACUCUAAUAUUCUCCAAUUGAUGGACAUUUAGGUUGUUUUGAUUUUUAAGUUAUGAUAAAAAACGAUGUCCUGUGACUUAUGUACUUGUUCAUGAGCACGUAAUUGUGUAGGAGAGAUUCCUAGAAGAGAAAUUGACCAGACCCUGACAAAUUGCCCCAAGCAAUGUUCUGCGAACCCUCCCACCUAUGGACUAGGGAUGAUUCUCCACAUCCUCACAGGGUGGAUGUUCUCAAUCUUUAAAAAUGCUCUCCAGUAUGAUUGGCAAAUCAGGCCACCUCUGUAUUUCACAUUGCUUGCUUAAUAACAAGGCUGAGCAUUGUGAAUAUAUUCAUUAGCCAAUUGUGUUCCUUUUCCUAUGGAUCGCUUUUUUGUAUCUUUGCUUAUCUUUUCUGUUGGGGUGCUCAUUUCUCUUACCAAUUUGUAGAAAUUCUCAGCCACGUCAGGGAUCUGAACCCCUUGCUAUAUGUGUCACACAUGUUUUUGGCUUGUCUUUAUCUCCAUGGCACAUCUAGGAAGAUGUGAGCAGCCACUGUGGCCCCGGUUUUGGCAUGGAGAGACAGCUCUUCCGAGAGAGGGCAGCCAAGGUAAAGAAACACAGAUGAGCCAUGGAAAGACGGCAUCUGUCUUCAGUUACCUCUGCAGGGUGAGCAGUGAUGCGUUGAGGGAAAAGUGUAUGAUUUGGAGAUUAAAGGGCUACAGUUCAUCCCCUGCUAACUAUGUGACCGUGGAAAAAUGGUCUAAUCUCUCCAAGGCUCAGUUUCUUCUAUAAAAGAGAGGAAGUAAUGGUUACUUCAUAUAGGAUUGUCGUGUGGAAUAAAUGAGUAAAUUCAUGUAAAGGACUUGCUUCGGGGCCUGGCAUCCAAUCAGUGUUUGAGCAGUGAACAGUUUACAGUGUGAACCCAAUAAAAUCACAUGCACAGAUGCCUUUUGACGAUUUUAAAGGGCUAUGAACACAUAAGUAACUAGCUGUUACUUUUACACACAAUUAUCCAUGUCAGGUAAUGUACUAGAAGUCUGUGAAACAUUCAGCCACUCUCUUAGUUCUGAGUUUGGAGACAGGAAUGCUCUCUGAGAGCGUCAGGUGCCCUCCCACACUCACUGAUUGGUAAAGGGGAAGAUGGGGGCUGGGAAGGGGGAGGCUCACUCAGGAGUCCAGACAGUGGUGGGGACAACCUGAGUGCUCAGUCGUAAAGAGGAAAGGCAGAAUUUUUCCUUGCUAUGGCUGGAACAAAGGCACUUUUGAUGCUGGAAAACUUCAUAGAUGGAAAAUUUUUACCUUGUAGCUCAUAUAUAGAUUCUUACGACCCAUCAACGGGGGAAGUGUAUUGCAAAGUGCCAAAUAGUGGAAAAGAUGAGAUCGAAGCUGCGGUCAAGGCCGCCAGAGAAGCCUUUCCUGGCUGGUCAUCCCGCAGCCCCCAGGAGCGCUCGCGGGUCCUGAACCAGGUGGCGGAUUUGCUGGAGCAGUCCCUGGAGGAGUUUGCCCAGGCUGAGUCUAAAGACCAAGGGAAAACCUUAGCACUGGCAAGAACCAUGGACAUUCCCCGGUCUGUGCAGAACUUCAGGUUCUUCGCUUCCUCCAUCCUGCACCACACAUCAGAGUGCACGCAGAUGGACCACCUGGGCUGCAUGCACUACACGGUGCGGGCCCCGGUGGGAGUCGCUGGUCUAAUCAGCCCCUGGAAUUUGCCACUCUACUUGCUGACCUGGAAGAUAGCUCCAGCGAUGGCUGCAGGGAACACUGUGAUAGCCAAGCCCAGUGAGCUGACUUCAGUGACUGCGUGGAUGUUGUGCAAACUCCUGGAUAAAGCAGGUGUUCCACCAGGUGUGGUCAAUAUUGUGUUUGGAACCGGGCCCAGGGUGGGUGAGGCCCUGGUGUCCCAUCCAGAGGUGCCCCUGAUCUCCUUCACCGGGAGCCAGCCCACCGCCGAGCGGAUCACCCAGCUGAGUGCUCCCCACUGCAAGAAGCUCUCCCUGGAGCUGGGGGGCAAGAAUCCUGCCAUCAUCUUUGAGGAUGCCAACCUGGAUGAGUGCAUUCCGGCAACUGUCAGGUCCAGCUUUGCUAACCAGGGUGAAAUCUGUCUCUGUACCAGCAGGAUCUUUGUCCAGAAGAGCAUCUAUAGUGAAUUUUUAAAGAGAUUUGUAGAAGCUACCAGAAAGUGGAAAGUCGGCAUUCCCUCUGAUCCAUUGGUGAGCAUGGGUGCUCUGAUAAGUAAAGAACAUUUGGAGAAAGUCAGAAGUUACGUCAAGAGAGCUCUUGCUGAAGGUGCCCAAAUUUGGUGCGGUGAGGGAGUGGAUAAGUUGAGCCUCCCUGCCAGGAACCAGGCAGGCUACUUUAUGCUUCCCACGGUGAUAACAGACAUUAAGGAUGAAUCCUGCUGCAUGACGGAAGAGAUAUUUGGUCCAGUGACGUGUGUCGUCCCCUUUGAUAGUGAAGAGGAGGUGAUUGAAAGAGCCAACAACGUUAAGUAUGGGCUGGCGGCUACCGUGUGGUCCAGCAAUGUGGGGCGCGUCCACCGGGUGGCUAAGAAGCUGCAGUCCGGCUUGGUCUGGACCAACUGCUGGCUCAUCAGGGAGCUGAACCUUCCUUUCGGGGGGAUGAAGAGUUCUGGAAUAGGUAGAGAAGGAGCCAAGGACUCUUACGACUUCUUCACUGAGAUCAAAACCAUCACCGUUAAACACUGAUCUUGCUGAUGGUGGAGCCACUAUGGCCAAUGCCUGGCUGCAGGCAUCAGUUGUUCAGUGUGGUGGAUGAAAAUCAUGGCAUGAAUUCCAGCUAUGCCUUGACUUGGCAGAAGGUUAUCUCUAGCUUGUCCUCAGUUCUUAGUAAUUUUACCCGCUAGUGAAGAGAUACUGUCUAUUUUCAAUGUGGACUCGGAAGAAAAGACUUCUAAGUAGGAAGAUAGAGCAAUGAUGCCAAACAGUUGUCAAGCUCCUCCCAGGUUAUGUUUUCAUAGUGUUUCUUUCAUCAUCUUCAUUGAACUCUUGGGAAUCUCCAGAUAAUCAGAUUAUUUCAUUUGCAAGUAUAUGGUAAAUUUUAAAAAAAUCUACAAUCAGGCACAGUGCCUCAUGCCUAUAAUCCCAGCACUUUGGGAGGCCAAGGUGGGUGGAUCACUUGAGUUCAGGAGUUUGAGAUCAGCCUAGGCAACAUGGUGAAAUCCUGUCUUUACCAAAAAUUUAAAAAUUAGCUGGGUGUGGUGCCCUCUGCCUAUAGCCCCAGCUACUUGGGAGGCUGAGGUGGGAGGAUCGCUUGAGCCCAGGUGGUUGAGGCUGCAGUGAGCCAGGAUCAUGCCAUUGCAUAUCAGCCUGGGGGACGGAGUGAGACCUUGUCUUAAAAAAAAAAAUGCUGCAAAACCAAAAAGAAACAAAUAGCCAUAAUUUGCCAUCUUUGGAGAGAUUAUGGAGAUAAUCUCCUUGUCUAUUAGCCACUAGCAUGGCUAAUUGAUCAUUGAUUGUACCUCAUUACAUAAGGGGGCAGUGGACGUCUUUGGAAUUUGUUAGGGGAAGGCUAUGUGGUAAGCUCUACUAAAUGUAUCUGUACAAGGAUGAAGAAAAACAAAAUACUACUUUUGGAGCAAACUUGGAACAAGAAGAGGACAUAGUUUGAUCUAUUCCUACGGUCGAGUCUAAUCAAUUCCAUUUCUUAGUGUAUGCAUCUAAUGAGGCUUACAACUUGCUAACCCCAAAAGAAGCAAUAAAUGUUAAGCAAUUUUAGUAACCA